CGUUAUAAAAUGGGACGGAAGAAGUACAAAAAUAGGAGUAUGAAAAUUUGAAGAAAAAAAAAUCAUUAAUACAAAUGGAGUCCUUGAUCCUACAGAAUUUCUGUUCCUAUUGUACAGCACAACACAAGUUUGAAAGGGCGCCGAGGACUCUACCGCUUGGAUCAAAAGCCGACCUACUUCCCAUUUAUUCCUCUAAUAUUCUCUCCCCAUCUCUUCCAAAACGCCGAUCGCCUCCCAGUGUGAGUUCGCUUGGUAGCGAUGGUAUUCUUCAGAAGCGUUUCUCUUUUAUCAAAGUUGCGCCACCGAGCUGUUCAGCAGCCCAGUAUUUGUAGUUCGGUACGCUGGCUCCAAGUUCAGACCUCUUCUGAUCUGGACCUACAUUCUCAGCUGCAGGAAUUGAUUCCAGAACAACAGGAGCGUCUCAAGAAAAUCAAGUCAGAGCAUGGGAAAGUUCAACUUGGAAAUAUUACAGUAGAUAUGGUAAUCGGUGGUAUGAGAGGAAUGACUGGUUUAUUAUGGGAGACAUCAUUGCUCGAUCCAGAUGAGGGAAUCCGCUUCAGGGGAUUGUCUAUACCUGAGUGCCAGAAAUUACUACCUGCUGCAAAGCCUGGUGGAGAGCCAUUGCCUGAGGGUCUCCUCUGGCUUCUCCUAACAGGGAAGGUUCCAACAAAGUCACAAGUGGAUUCAUUAUCUCAAGACUUGAGAGCCCGUGCUAUUGUUCCAGAUCACGUAUAUAAAACCAUUGAUGCCUUACCCGUUACUGCUCACCCAAUGACUCAGUUUGCAACUGGUGUCAUGGCACUACAGGUUGGCAGUGAAUUUCAGAAGGCAUAUGAAAAGGGAAUUCACAAAUCGAAGUUUUGGGAACCAACUUACGAGGACUCCCUCAAUUUGAUCGCUCAAGUACCACUUGUAGCAUCAUACAUUUAUCGCAGGAUGUAUAAGAAUGGUCAAAUUAUAUCAAAAGAUGACAGCUUGGAUUAUGGUGCGAAUUUUGCACAAAUGUUGGGUUAUGAUAGUCCCGAGGUGCAUGAACUCAUGAGGCUCUAUGUUACCAUCCAUAGUGAUCAUGAAGGCGGAAAUGUUAGUGCUCACACCGGUCACCUGGUUGCCAGUGCUCUUUCAGAUCCUUACCUCUCAUUUGCAGCUGCGUUGAAUGGACUAGCUGGUCCCCUCCAUGGUUUGGCUAAUCAGGAAGUGUUGUUAUGGAUCAAAUCCGUUGUAAAGGAGUGUGGAGAGAACAUAUCCAAAGAGCAGCUAAAGGAUUAUGUCUAUAAAACCUUAAACAGUGGCAAGGUUGUACCUGGAUUUGGGCAUGGAGUGCUUCGCAAGACCGACCCUAGAUAUACAUGCCAAAGAGAAUUUGCAUUGAAGCACUUGCCUGAAGAUCCACUGUUUCAGCUGGUUUCAAAACUUUAUGAAGUUGUUCCCCCUAUCCUUACAGAGCUUGGCAAGGUGAAAAAUCCUUGGCCCAAUGUUGAUGCACACAGUGGGGUGUUAUUGAGUUAUUACGGUUUAACUGAAGCCAGAUACUACACAGUCCUCUUUGGUGUAUCUAGAGCUAUCGGCAUUGGCUCACAGCUGAUAUGGGACCGAGCUCUCGGGUUGCCAUUGGAGAGACCAAAGAGUGUUACCAUGGAGUGGCUCGAAAAUCACUGCAAGAAAGCAGCCAGCUCUUGAUUUCUUUUACCCAAUAUAGGAUGAUGGCUCUAAAGUUUUCCUUUAAUAAGUGAUGAACUCGCAAAACCAUGGGGUUAAGAUCUCAAUAGUAAGCAUAUUGCCAAUACCCCCAAAUUUUCUACAAAAGUUAAUUGCAGCCUUUUUUGCUGUCUUUUUUUUUGUGAUUCAUUGGUUAGUAGUAGCAUACUGGGUUGGGGAAUAAGCACUGUGUACCAUCAUAUCAUAUGUUGCAAUUCCAAUUUACACAAAGGUUGGAUUUUUGUUCUUUAAAGAAAAUGGUUCUCUUUUU